AGCACACGCACAGUGUUGUCUGAGGCAUGGAAAGCCCUGAGCUCCCCACCGUUUCCUGACGGCACAGACUUCCCCAUGAAACGUGGAGGCAGCUGAUAACAGGCGCUGCCUGCAGACAAAGCGCUGCCGGUGCUUCUCCCUGUGCUGCUGAGCGGAGCAGCGAUGGCCGAGCAGUGAAAGCAGCACAAGAAAUGUUUUCCUGCUCCCCUCCCGCCUUGGCCCUGCUCCACACUGCCUUCCCCAGCCGUGCCUGCUGCCCACAGCAUGGAAACCUCACUGCCCCCUCCAGAGCCCUCCUUACAAUGCCCCUUAAUGCUCCCUUAGUGCUCCUUAGUGCUCCAUAAUGCUCCUUAAUGCCCCGGUGCCCACCGGGCGCUCCUUUCCCCCAACACCCACUUACAUCUGCUCUUCCUCAGACCACGGCCGGGCUGACAGCGGGCUGACCCUCACACACGCCUCUCAUCCCCUUCCUCCUUGGCUGCUCCUUCUUGUGCUGCUGUUCCAUGGGCCCAAACAAAAGGAAAAAAUACCAGAUUUGGGUUAUUGUUUUGUUUUUUUCCUUAGGUUGAAUGAUAGAAUCACAAAGGUUGGAAAAGACCACCGAGAGCACCGGGCCCAACCCCAGCCCACCCCCACCAUGCCCACCAGCCACGUCCCUCGGUGCCACAUCCCCAUGCUCCGGGAACACCUCCCAGGCAGUUCUGCAGCAUCGCCACCCUUCCGAGAAGGACUUUUCCCUGACAUCCAACCUGCACCUCGCGUGGUGUAACCGAAGGCCAUCACCUCCCAUCCCAUUGCUGUUGCAUGGGAAAAGAGGUCAUCCCCCCCCCCGGUUACAGCCUCCUGUCAGGGGCUGCAGGGAGCACCAGGGCCUCCCCUGAGCCUCCCCUUGUUGGGGUUACGUGCUGUGGCUCCCGGCAGGGUGGAUGAGCACCAGGGCCUGGGAAUGCGCGACCACGGCUGCCAUUGGGGCAGAUGGGACCCACCGUGGGGCACGGAGAGGCUGUGAACGCUCCCUUGGGACACUUUGCUUGGGAUCAGCACCGCUGGGAUCCACAGGGCUGCGUUUUUAGGGCCAGUUCUCUUUAACGUUUAUCAGCGACAGGACACGGGACUUCACGGCGUACUCAUUAAAUUCGGAGACGACACCGAACGGGGAGGAGCCACGGAGCCCCCGCAGGGCAGAGAGGCCUCACGGGCCGAUCGGAGGGCCGGGCGGGCACCGCUCCCAGCCGCGGGGUUGGGGUUGGGGUGGCGCUGCGUGGAGCCGAGCUGCCAACACCCCCUCGCGCCCCGACACCGCCCGCGCUGCUCCACGGCUCUACGGAGCCGCCCCGCCGCAGGGAGCGCCCUCCGCACCGCCCUCCGCACCGCCCGGGGUCGCGCUGCCCUCCCGCCCUCAGGGCCGCCCGCCCCGCCCCGCCCCGCCCCGCCCCGCAGGACGGCCCGGGGGUGGCGCUGCGCAGGGCCCGGCUCAGGUGCGGCGGGAGGAGGAGGACGAGGCGGAGGAGGACGCGGCGGCCGCGGCGCGGCAGUGCCCUGAGUGCCGCCGCCAUGAGCAGCGCGGAGCCGCCGCCGCUCGGGGCCGGGCCGCGGGCACAGCCCGCCUGGAAGAGGGAGAUCCUGGAGCGGAAGCGGGCCAAGCUGGCCGGGGCGGCCGCCGGAGAGACGGAGCCCGCGGCGGCGGCGGCGGCUCGGGGCCCGGCGGGGACGGGCGAGCGGCUGGUGGUGGCCGAGAGCUUGGGCCCGCUGCGCGAGAACCCCUUCAUGCGGCUGGAGAGCGAGCGGCGGCGGCUGCGGCGGGGGCUGCCCGGGCACGGCCCCGAGGCGGCGCGGCCGCUGCAGCAGCUGCUGGAGCUGUACAGCGCCGUGCCGGGCAUCCGCACCAUCCGCGCCGACAACAUCCUCAUCAUCGAGUCGCAGCCCGACGCCGCCGCCUGCUUCGCCGACGGGGAAGCGCUGUCCGGGCGCCGCCGGGAGCCCCGCGCCGCGUCCCCUCCGCGCCGUGCCGACCCGCUGCGGGAGCUGUUGGCCCGCCGGGGAGCGGCCGUCGCCGAGAUCCGCGCCGACCAGGUCGUCAUCUACGAGGCGGCCGAAGCGCCGGAGCCUCCCGAGGCCGCCGAGCCGGGCACCGUCAGCCGCCUCCUGGAGAAGUUCGGGCAGCGACCGCGGGGCCGCCGCCGCCGGGGCGGGGAAGCGCCGGCCGGGGCCGCUCCCCCCCCGGCGGCUCCGGGCUCCCCCCGCUCCUCGGCUCCCCCCCCGGCGGCGCCGACCUCCCCCCGCCCCUCGGCCCCGAAGGCCGCCCCGACCUCCCCCCGUGCUGCGGUCCCCCAGCCGCUGCCGGCCCGUCCCCAGCCGGCUGCCCCCCGCGCCGCCGCCCCGCAGCCCGCGGCUCCCCCGACAGUCCCGGCGUCCCCCAGGGCUGUGACCCCACCGGCGGUCCCGGUCUCUCCCCCUGCCCCGACGGGUGCGCCCAAAGCCGCGGCUCCCCAGGCCAACUGCUUCCUGCACAAGAUCGGCUCCAACUCCUUCACUGUGACCCCCCGGGGCCUGCCCCCCCCCGGCCGUGUCCCCGAGCCUCCCCCCAGCCGUGUCCCUGAGCCCACCGCCCGGAGCGUGCCGCCCAAGGGGCCGCCAGUGCCAUCCACCAGCGCUGCCAACGCCAGGAGGCCAAAGCCAGAGGAGGUCGAAGUGGCCGCAUCGCCCCCGCCCAGUGCCAGUCCGGCCCCCAGUGCCACCCAGCCGCUCUCUGCGUUCGCCCCCCGGGCUGGGGGCUCCUUUGAGAUCCACCCGGCCCCCAAGCCCGACCUGGCUGCCAUCCCUGCUCACGACCUGCAGGCGCAGGCCUUGGCCAAGCUGCGCCUGAAUUCACGCAACUCCUUCCUCUUUGUGCCCCGCCGGGAGGGCGGCACGGCUCUGCCUGCGGCCCAGAGCAGCGGGACGGGGCCACCGCCGCCAUCCCCGCAGCAGAAGGUACAGAAGGAGCCCCUGCGGGUUUCCGCUCCGGAGCAGGAAGAGCCGAUCGCUUCCCCGCCGGCGCCUGUGGAUCCGUCGGUACCUGUGACCUACAUCGAUGACAUUGUGGAGCCGGACAGUGGGGAGCUCUCCCCGAGGGCAACGAGGACGGAGAACUUGGAUCAGCCUGGAGGAGCCGGCCCUGAGCUGGAGAUGGAGAUCUCCUCCGUGCCCCUCUACAGACCGCAUUCCCCCGGGCUCCACCAGAGGGGAGGUAACACCUUCACUGUGGUGCCCAAAAGGAAGCCUGUCGCCUCGGGGCUGCAGGGUCUUACAGAGGCUGGUGGGAGGCCUCAGCGGGAGGAAGAGGAGGAGGAUGAGGAAAGCAAAGGAAGAAGCAAAGCUGUAGAGAACGCAGAUGGGCCCCAGGUGGGGCCGUCCCAUAAGAAGCGCUACCCCACGGUGAACGAGAUCGAAGUGAUCGGCGGGUACCUGUCCCUCGAGAGGUCCUGCAUCAGCAAGACGGGCUCCCGCCGCAAGAAGAUGAAGAUCUCUUUCAACGAGACAAGUUUGCAGACCAUGUUUGAGUAUCCAUCGGAGAGCUCACUGGCGGAGGAGGAAGAGGAGGAGGAGGAGGAGGAAGGACACGCUUCGGAAACAGAGGAGGACAAAUCUCACACCUUUCGCAUUCCACGCCCAAACAGCACUUUGCAUCCCAAUGCAGCUAACCCAGCAGAUCUAUCCAGCUACACCCCAAAGCACUCUGUGAAGUUCAGCGAGUGGCAGGAGCAGAAGUAUGAGGAGAUGCCUGCCAAGGGACCCCUCCUGAAGGAAGCUGAUUCCCAAGGGAACCAAGUCAUGCUCACCCCAGCCGAGAAGGGCAGACUCUCUGACUUCAGCAGUGAGCCCGCUCUGUACUUCUGACGGCUCCACCUCUGAGCCUGCAGCAGCAGCUGCUGGGCAGAGCCUGGCAGUGCACCGUGGAAACCAACGCCUGGGUCCCUCCCUCAUGGCAGGUUUCACAGCAUCCCGAUGCCAAGGGUGGAGGAGAUGCCAUUGGGUGUCUUUGGAGAACAUUUGCACUGGGUUCUGGGACCUAAACGACUGGUUUUUUUAACGCAUAUGGUUUAUUCUCCCUGUGGCCUUGCAUAUUCCUUGUUCAAGAUCAGCUGUUGAUGAGACAGGUAUCUUAAAGCAAUGUGUAACCCCAGGAUGGAUGUAGAUUCUCUCAGUGCUUAUGACUCUGCUCAUCCGAGUGCUGAAUGGGGCCCGGACAGCAUUUGUAACACUUCCCUCACGAGAGGCCCCAGUGAAGAAAGCUGUGGGCAGGUGGCUGGGCUCACUGCAGUGGUUCUGACAGCCAGGUUGUGGUGGCUGGAAGAGCUGCUGAGGGUUUGUGGGUUGUUCUUGAUGUGUUUUUGGGUCUGGUUUCACCAGUCGUGGAAUUUAUGUGCCAGUUAAGCUCUUGUGAAGGAAGCUGAACACACUGUGUGGGUGAUGGGGAGGGGAAUAAAUGCCUUCAGCUUUAGGUGUCACUUUUGCACUGACAGCAGGAAGCACCCGGUCCAGCUUGAGCCUUGUGAAGGUUCCCAAACAUUGGCCAUAGCUUUGAUCUCUGUAACUUCCUCUGCUCUCCAGUCUGUACUAACUGCUAAUUGUGCUUGUUUGCCAGUAACUCCUGUUCUGUUUUGGCAUCUAAUGGGGCCAGGCCUGGGACAGCUGUGUCUUAGGUGGUGGGGAGGGAGACUUGCUCCUUGCCUUGCUCACUCUACUUCUCUAUGCAAAGCACAGGAGGACCAUUUCACUCCUUCCUUCUGCAGAACUUGAACAAGGAAUAUGGUUUUUUUCUUAGUAUUUUUAUAGUUCUGUUGUAAUUGUUUGAUGCAGCCAACAUGCACAGGAAUCUGCUAGACUCUUCCAUUUAAAUUUUUUACGACUGUACACUCAGGGUCAAAAUUGCACUCUGGAAAAGACUGAACACUGCUGCUAAUGUGAUUUGUACUUCUGGGAUUAAAAGAGAUGCAGUUGGAAUAGA